AUGGUCGUGGUCCCACUCCCCACCCGCCUCCGACAACAAUACGCCGAGCAAGGCUUCGUCAUCAUCCCGGGGCUCAUCCCGCCCUCCUCCUUCGCCGAGCUGCAGCAAGCCGCCGAGCGCGCCAUCGAGCGCACGCGGAAGGGGUCAUGGCCGCAUCGCCGGGUCGUGGGCAAGCAGUUCCCGCCGUACGACUCGGCGAACCCGGACUCGUGGGGCGUGCAGCAUGUGAUGCACCCCGACUUGGGGGAGAAGGCGUUUGCGAGGUGGUACACGAGCGAGGAGGUGCGCGCGGUGGUGAGGGAGCUGUUGGGGUGCGAGGACGAGAAUCUGCAGAUGGAGCUGUUUAAUAUGCUUAUCAACCCGACGGAGCAUGAUUUUGCGCUGCGAUGGCACCGGGACGAUGUCAAGGAGAACGCGACGGAGGAAGAGGAGCGCGAGGCGCUGGGGAUCUGGCAUUAUGGCGUUCAAUGGAAUACCGCGCUGUACGACGACUCGUGCCUGUACGUCGUCCCGGGGUCGCAUAAGACCCCGCGGACACCCGAGCAAAGGAAGCAUUCAUCCACCUCUGAAGCACCCAAGGACCCGAUGGACAUGCCCGGCGCGAUCCAAGUGACUAUCAAGGCGGGCGAGACGGUGUUCUACAAUUCCAACAUUCUGCACUGCGCGACCUACUCACGCGCCCAGCAGCGCGCCACGCUGCACGCGACAAUGGGGGACACGCGCGGCGGGGCGACGCGCGCGAGGAAUAUACUGCAGCACGGGCUGGACUGGAUGAAGAGCGAGCAGUUCCGCGAGACCCUGGACGAGAAGGGCCGGGCGAUGCUGGGUAGGCUGGUCAAGAUGCAGGACAGCGUGAAUGGAGAUGUUGGUUAUUCUUUGGCUAAUUAGCGGCGUCCUUCGGGUUUUCGUGGUUAAAUAAAUGUAUCUCUAGUUGAUUUUCGGUACAAGUUGAAUCUCCAAAUGGUAUUUUGUAGGCGAUGGGUGAAUCCC